CGGGCGGCUCCCGGGCGCAGCCAGCCCUCUGGGGCCCCAGUGCCAGGGGAGCGCGGGCGCUUCCCGCCGGGGGGAGCAAAGGAGGAGCGUGCGCUGCUCCACGGACGUACCGAGAGAGGCUGGACAGGGGCUCGGGAAAGGAGCAGCAGCGCCACGAACCCUCCCACCGCAUAGGCCAGUAGCCAAGUGGGACCUUCUACAGGGGACACUAGAAAAUCCGCACGCUUAUCGACCCUGGAUGUUAACGUUUCUAGGGCACUUCCUGUCGUAGUGGGUUUGGCCCAGGAUCCUUGGCUAAAAUCAUUCCUCCCUAUUAUAUUAGUAGCAUUGAAGUGGUGCCUAAGAACCCCGUUCAUGGACUAGUACCAAAGUGUGCUAGGUGCUAUACAGACACGUCAAAAAGAUGGUCACUGCCUCAAAGAGUCUGCAAUUCACAAUAUUGAAGCAUGUUUGUUCCAAGGUCUCUUAAAGUCAAGAGGAAUGCUGAUGAUGACCUAAGCUGUACAGCAAAAAUAAAAAAGUUGUCUUCUGGAGAACCCUUAUUAGUGGAGGUCACAGACUUAAGAGAUGUUAAGCCAACUAUAAAAGAUGCGUCUGCUUCAGGAUGUAAUUUAUAUAAAGCAGUACAAGAAUGCACAGAGCUACAAACUUUUCCAGUUUCAGACUUCCCCUUUGCUGAUGAAUCUUUGGGAAGUGACAACCAAAAUGUUGAUGAAGACCGCUCCUCUGUAGAACCCAUUAAAUCUUUCAGCAAAUCCCAGCGCUGGGCAGAACCUGGAGAACCUAUAUGUGUUGUUUGUGGUCGUUAUGGUGAAUAUAUUUGUGAUAAAACAGAUGAAGAUGUUUGUAGUUUGGAAUGUAAAGCCAAACAUCUUUUACAAGCUCAAGAAAAAGAAGGGUUAAACUCUGACAGCUUUGUGAAAGUAGAAUCAAAACCAGAAACUCUUUUGCCUGUCACCCUUUAUACCUAUAAAGAACAUUCCUUUAUUUUAAGCCUGCAAGAUGACCAGAUCAAGAACCUUAAAUUGCAGUUAGGUAUUGUUGUCCAGGGCAAAGGAGUUACAAGACCUAUUAUAGAGUUUGAACACUGUGGUUUUCCUGAAACUUUAAACUAUAAUUUAAAGAAUUCAGGCUAUGAAGUUCCAACCCCUAUCCAGAUGCAGAUGAUUCCUGUUGGACUUUUGGGAAGGGAUAUCGUGGCCAGUGCAGACACAGGCUCAGGAAAAACUGCAGCCUUCCUGCUUCCAGUUAUUAUUAAAGCCUUGGAAGAGACUAAAACUCCAUCUGCACUUAUUCUGACACCAACGAGAGAGUUAGCAAUUCAGAUAGAGAGACAAGCUAAAGAGCUGAUGAUUGGUCUGCCAAACAUGAGAACAGUUCUUCUUGUAGGAGGUUUACCACUGCCACCCCAACUUCAUCGUCUGAAACAAACUGUUAAGGUUAUAAUAGCAACACCCGGAAGACUCUUAGAUAUUUUAAAACAAAGCUCUGUUCAGCUCCAUGAUAUUAAAAUUGUAGUCGUGGAUGAAGCUGAUACCAUGUUAAAGAUGGGCUUCCAGCAACAAGUGCUGGAUAUUUUGGAAAACACCUCCAGUGAUCGUCAGACCAUAUUGGUUUCAGCCACAAUACCAGUUGGCAUUGAGCAGCUGGCAAAUCAACUUCUGCAGAAUCCUGUGAGAAUAACGAUUGGAGAAAAGAAUCUGCCAUGUUCCAAUGUUCGCCAGAUUAUCUUGUGGGUAGAAGAACCAUCUAAAAAGAAAAAACUCUUUGAAAUAUUAAAUGAUAAGAAACUCUUCAAACCUCCAGUGUUGGUAUUUGUGGACUGCAAGCUAGGAGCAGAUCUUCUGAGUGAUGCUGUUCAUAAAAUCACAGGAUUACAAUGCAUAUCCAUGCAUUCUGAUAAAUCACAAUCUGAAAGAACAAAUAUAUUGCAGGGAUUAUUUCAGGAAAAAUAUGAAGUCGUAGUAAGCACUGGAGUCCUUGGGCGAGGGCUUGAUCUUGUCAAUGUCAAACUGGUAGUAAAUUUUGAUAUGCCCUCAAGCAUGGAUGAAUACGUACAUCAGGUUGGAAGAGCAGGGAGGCUGGGUCACAGUGGAACUGCGAUUACUUUUAUCAAUAACAACAGCAAGAAGCUUUUUUGGGAUGUUGUAAAGAGAGUAAAACCAACAGGCACGAUUCUUCCUCCACAGUUGCUAAACUCCCCUUAUCUUCAUGACCAAAAGAGAAAAGAACAACAGAAAGUUAAACAAUCACAGAAUAGUCUUGUAACAGGUGAUAAUCUUAUGGACAUUAUUAGAAAACAUGACAAAAGUAAUUCUCAGAAGUGAUUAAUGGUAUUAUUUAUAAAUGUGUAAAUAUAAUGAAAGCACUGUAUUUCAGUAAUAAUUAAACAUGAAUUUAUAUCA